UCUUCCACAAUACUGUCGUCUCAUUCUCUCCCCCCGGCCGCAUGUUGCUCUGCUCCCAUCACCACAAAGCAAAACCCCAAAGAAAGACACCCACCUAUUUAUCACGCGCUCCGCUCCUCUCCACACUACCGCGAAUUGCCAAUGAUAGUGAUACUUGGAGAACCCAUCCUUCUCGGAGCGAUCUGUCGAUGGCCGAAGCCAAGAGCAUCCACGAGCAGACCACCGGGUGCCUUCCCGUCGACCAGUCCUGCUUCGCGCUUUCCCGGCUGUCCAACGCCUACCGCACCGCCCGCAACAACGACCCGGCCUGCUGCUCCACAACGUCCUACCUUGAGGUCCUCGGCAUCUCCUUCGCCUCGCUGCUCAUCAUCCUCUUCGUGCUCUGCAUGAUACGGUGCUACCUCAUGCGGCGGGCCGUGAACAGGGUCACGGUCGGGGCCGCGACGUCGGCAGGCGCGGGGGCGUCCGUGGUGGUCAAGAAGAAGCCUGCCGGCCUCAGCGAGGAUGCCAUCGCCGCGCUGCCCAAGUUCGAGUACCGAGGCACGACCGACGAGAGUGACCAAUGGGAGUGCUCGAUAUGCCUCUGCACGAUGGCCGACGGCGAGGUGGCCAGGCAGCUACCUAGAUGCAUGCACCUCUUCCACAGGGCGUGCGUCGACAUGUGGCUCACGGCGCACACCACAUGCCCGGUGUGCCGAGCCGAGGUGGCCAAGGCGACGGACAACGACGACAGCUGCGCCAAGACGCCUGCGGCCGAGGCCGGUCCGUCGGAACCGGCUAGGUUGGAGGAUGGCCAGAGGGAUUUGGAGGCGCAGUUAUAGCGUGAGAGGCGCAUGCGCUUGCUCCCCUGGUUGUGUAGGUGUAACUUUUCUAUUUUGGCGCCCCUUUAGGGUAGUGAUUUUGAGCCAUUUCUUUUUUUGCAAACGGUUUCCAGGAUAAGAAUAAAACGAGGAGAGAAGAUAGUGAUUCUUAGUAUUU